GGCUACAGCGUGCGUCUGUCCGUCCGUCUGUCCGGCGGGCGGGGGGAGGGAGCAGCUGGCGGCGCGGCGCGGCGGCGGCCCGAGAUUGGAGCCCGUGAGGUUUCGGUUCCGCGCUGCGGGAGGGAGGCAGGCGCGGGGGGGACGAGGAGCCGCCAGCCGCUAUGGAGCCCGACUCCGUGAUCGAGGACAAGACUAUCGAGUUGAUGACAAGUCUGAGAAGGAAACCUCAUUCGAAUCCCCAUUCAUUCUGGAUUGGUGGAUCUGGAGCUCAGAAACAAAGUUUCAGUGUUCUGUGCCAAGGUCUUUGUGGCUAGGCUGCUCCAACCUGGUAGAGAGCAUGUGCGCACUGAGAUGCCUGCAGAGCAUGCCCAGUGUCAGAUGUCUCCAGAACACAUCAGUAAUGGAGGAUCAGAAUGAAGAUGAAUCUCCAAAGAAAAAUACCCUAUGGCAGAUAAGUAAUGGAACUUCAUCCGUGAUAGUCUCAAGGAAGCGACCAUCGGAAGGAAACUACGAAAAGGAAAAAGACUUGUGUAUUAAAUAUUUUGACCAGUGGUCUGAAUCAGAUCAGGUUGAAUUUGUGGAACACCUUAUUUCACGAAUGUGUCACUAUCAGCAUGGACAUAUUAACUCUUAUUUGAAGCCCAUGUUACAACGGGACUUCAUCACUGCUUUACCAGAGCAAGGCUUAGAUCACAUAGCAGAAAAUAUCCUUUCCUAUCUUGAUGCCAGAUCACUCUGUGCAGCAGAGCUGGUGUGUAAGGAAUGGCAGAGAGUCAUCUCUGAGGGAAUGCUAUGGAAGAAAUUGAUUGAGAGAAUGGUGCGCACUGAUCCAUUGUGGAAAGGGCUCUCUGAAAGAAGAGGUUGGGAUCAGUACUUGUUUAAAAACAGACCCACAGAUGGCCCCCCAAAUUCAUUUUACAGGUCAUUAUACCCAAAGAUAAUACAGGAUAUAGAGACUAUAGAAUCUAACUGGCGAUGUGGACGACACAACUUGCAAAGAAUUCAGUGCCGCUCUGAAAAUAGCAAAGGUGUCUACUGUUUACAGUAUGAUGAUGAAAAGAUCAUCAGUGGCCUACGGGAUAACUCCAUCAAGAUUUGGGAUAAAACAAGCUUGGAAUGUUUGAAAAUAUUAACAGGGCACACUGGCUCUGUUCUCUGCCUGCAGUAUGACGAGAGAGUCAUUGUAACUGGAUCUUCGGACUCUACAGUGAGAGUUUGGGAUGUAAACACAGGCGAAGUUCUGAACACACUGAUUCAUCACAACGAGGCAGUGCUUCAUCUGCGUUUCUGUAAUGGCUUAAUGGUGACAUGUUCAAAGGACAGGUCCAUUGCUGUUUGGGAUAUGGCAUCACCUACUGAUAUCACCUUGCGCCGUGUGUUGGUUGGCCAUCGUGCUGCUGUUAAUGUUGUAGACUUUGAUGACAAGUAUAUUGUCUCUGCAUCAGGUGACAGGACCAUUAAAGUCUGGAGUACAAGCACAUGUGAGUUUGUUCGUACUCUAAAUGGGCACAAGCGUGGCAUUGCAUGCCUUCAGUACAGGGAUCGACUAGUUGUGAGUGGAUCAUCAGACAACACCAUUAGGUUAUGGGAUAUUGAAUGUGGGGCCUGUUUAAGAGUACUAGAAGGCCAUGAAGAACUGGUUCGAUGCAUCAGAUUUGAUAACAAGAGAAUUGUUAGUGGAGCCUAUGACGGCAAAAUUAAAGUUUGGGACUUGCAAGCUGCUCUUGACCCUCGUGCCCCAGCCAGCACACUAUGCUUGCGUACAUUGGUGGAACAUUCAGGACGUGUGUUUAGACUCCAGUUUGAUGAAUUUCAGAUCAUUAGUAGUUCCCACGAUGACACAAUUCUGAUUUGGGAUUUCUUAAAUGUGCCACCCAGUGCCCAGAAUGAGACACGCUCUCCAUCCCGAACAUACACUUACAUCUCCAGAUAACAGUCUGCACUUUACUAGCCUCAUAAGGGUUCCACAAUCUUGAACUACUGGAUAUCUGGCUACUACAUGCCUGAAGAUGUUGAUUCACAGCUAAAGUCAGAAUUGGUGAUAGAUGCUGUGUAGAUGCAAAGCAGCGCAAUUCUGUAUUUCUCUUAAUCUUUCCUGCUCCCCUUCAGUCCCCAGAGGUCUCCUCUAAGGAAUUUACUACAAAUUCACUGACUUCAAGUAGAUGAAAAUCAGAAGCCUGCUCUUCACCGCAGUGAAAAAUCCAAAGCUUCAUAUGUACAUUGUCCAUAUAAACUGAACUAUGAUGGCUUGUUUUCCAGAAAUAAAUCAGAAGUCAAGAAAGGA